UAACGAUAGCGACAACACCGCCAGAAACCUCGCGGAAGGAACGGACAGUGCCGCCGUUUUGGAGUUAUAAGGUAGGACUUUGGUUUUGUCAAUUGGAGGCACAGUUUAGUAUCGCCGGUGUAAGGCAGGACUCGACAAAAUUCGGUUACGUCGUUGGAAAUUUAGAUAGCCGAUACAUCGAAGAAGUAGAAAAUAUUAUUUGCAACCCACCUGCGCAAAACCAGUACAAGACUUUGAAAAGCGAACUCAUCAAGCGUUUGUCAGACUCUAGCAGCCAACGAGUACGAAAACUGUUAGAAAGUGAAGAGUUAGGGGACCGCACACCUUCCCAAUUUCUACGACAUUUACGAAAACUGGCAGGUAAAAAUGUGAACGAAGAAUUUAUAAAAACCCUGUGGAUGAACCGGUUGCCGACGCCUACACAGCGAGUGCUCGCAGCAUCGCUGCAACAACCCUUGGCCGACAUGGCUGAAGUGGCUGACCGAGUACAGGAAAUCGGACCAUCGAGAAGCCAAGUAUCUCAAGUGAAUGUAAAGGAAGAUGUGCCCGUCUCAAUUCAAACACCCGCUAAUAGCAAAUUGGCUACCCUACGUGAAGAAAUGCAGCAACUGCGUCUCGCUCUUCAGGAGAUAAGAGCAGGAAAGCAGCAACGCCGCCGGUGGUCGCGACCACGAAGUCGUUCCCGCGACCAAAGCAAUGCAUACCACGCCGCUCGUACCACUGUGAUUGACACUGUACCCCGCGAAUUUGACUUCGCUGACACCGAAUACGCACUUCGAAACUUUAAUUACUAA